CCUCACCACUCUCGUCAAGCCUGAAGUCUCGCACAACUCUUGUUCCCGCUGAAUGAUUGAUUACUACUGGCUCUCUCUGCCUAUCGAUGCAAGGCAUUGGAUCCAAACUCACUCACCUCACACUCCUUUCUCCCAGUUUAGUUUUAUCCAAACUACAGCCUCUUCUCUUUGUUUAGACGCGACCUGACUUGACCUGGAAUUUGAAAGGUCUAGGGGCUUAGGACCUGAGGUGUGGGCAUCGUCUUUUACUGACAUAACCGACCGCUCUACUCUUUUUUCUUUAACAGUGCAGAACUCGUCUUCCCCAAUCGUCAUAGCAUAGCAUACCUAGCAUUGCCUUGCCUUGCUUGCCUUGCAUCGCAUUCACUCACUGCCUUGCGUUGCGCUCCAGUUCCGAGCCCUCUCUUUUUUUUUUUGGAGAAUACUCUUUUGCUCACGGCAACACCUGGUCUCUUAUUCCCUGCCCUUUGCGCCACUCGACAUCGUCGAGCUUUGGCUGAAGCGCUUGCAUUGAUUGAGUUGCUCUGCUACUGCCACGCCCGUCUUUAUAUCGUGAGGUUUACUCUCUCGGGUGCCUGCCUUAACGUCACCGAUUCUUCCGCCUCGGUCGCAGCUUCCUCAAAAUGGUACGUUCCUGUCUGCUGCUGCCCCUUCCCGUGCAAUCUUGUUCCAUGCAGCUUGCCGUGACUCCCAUGGUCGCUGGAGAGCAACUCGUGCGGCCCCAUCAACACAGCUGCGUCAUCCUUCUGGCUCUGCGAUCAUCACAUAUUAUGCAACUUCGACUCGACCUUACCACAUCUUCUUGACAUGAAGUAUUGCGCAGACUUCUCUACCUAGUGCCCUGAAGUCAUCAUCACCUCCAAUAGCCUACCACUUGCCCCUCACCACCCACACUAACCCCAGUCACUCCCGAUGCCGACAUCAUGACCUCGUUUCAUCGCCGCCUAUGCUUUCGCUCGGGGCUCAACGCUGACCGUCGCAAUCUGCUGCAGACUCACGAUAUCAACUCACCUAACGACAUGGUCAUGGACACGGACGAUUACAUCGGCGUGGCCAACGAGCCAGAGAAGGUCGCCAUCAUUAACCCCGAUAACCUCGAACAAAGCGAAGUCGACCAGCUGCAAGAUCUGCCCAUGGCGAACGACCAUGAAGCCAUGAGAGAGAUCUGUCUCCCACCCCUCAUCGAUGAACCGAAAAUACUCGGAGACUACGAAUACACAUGGACUGUCGAAAACUGGCGAAGCUUGAAUAAGAAGGAACAUGGUCCUGUUUUUCAAGCAGGUGGCUUCCCAUGGCGAAUUCUGCUUUUCCCACACGGCAAUAACAUCGACCAAUGCUCUAUUUAUCUUGAACAUGGCUUCGACGCUGAUAGUGUUCCCGAUAACUGGAGCUGCUGUGUUCAAUUUGCGCUCGUCCUAUGGAACCCGAACGACCCCAGCCUAUAUGUCCAUCACACUGCCCACCAUCGAUUCACUAAGGAAGAAGGCGAUUGGGGUUUUACUCGAUUUGUCGAGCACCGCCGAAUGUUUAAUGUACCAUGGGAGGGCAGCAGCCGACCCCUCUGCGAAAAUGACACUGCCAACAUCACCGCCUAUCUUCGCCUCGUCGAGGAUGAGACGGGUGUUUUGUGGCACAACUUCGCCAACUACGAUUCCAAGAAGGAGACGGGGUAUGUUGGGCUCAAGAACCAGGGUGCCACCUGCUAUCUGAAUUCCCUGAUGCAAUCACUCUAUUUUACAAACAAGUUCAGAAAGGCUAUCUACGAAAUUCCUACGGAGGCCGACCCCAGUAUGACCAACAGUGCUUAUACAUUGCAACGACUUUUCUACCAGCUACAAACGUCAGACCAGGCAGUUGGAACCACGGAACUCACAAAAUCUUUCGGCUGGGACACGCGACAUAUCUUCGAGCAACAGGAUGUGCAGGAGUUUUCACGCAAACUCAUGGAGAGGAUGGAAGACAAGAUGAAGGGAACUGCAUCGGAGAAUGUCCUGCCAGAAAUGUUCAGUGGCAAGAUCAAGACAUACAUCUCAUGUAUCAACGUCGACUAUGAAUCCAGCCGAAUCGAGGACUUUUGGGACAUUCAGUUGAAUGUCAGUGGUAACAAGCAUCUGCUCGAGAGCUUUGAGGACUACGUUCAGGUCGAAAAGAUGGAUGGAGAAAAUCAAUACUUUGCUGGUGAUCAGUACAAGCUCCAGGAUGCGAACAAAGGUGUCAUUUUCAACAGCUUUCCUGACGUACUCCAUCUACAGCUGAAGCGCUUCGAGUACGAUAUCCAGCGCGACACCAUGAUGAAGAUCAAUGAUCGAUACGAGUUCCCCGAGUUUUUUGACGCUGCGCCGUACCUAUCUGAGGAUGCCGACAAAUCUGUUCCAUGGACGUAUCAGCUUCACAGCGUUCUAGUCCACAGUGGUGAUCUGAACGCAGGACAUUACUAUGCCUUUUUGAAGCCUGAAAAGGACGGAUGGUUCUAUAAGUACGACGAUGAUAAGGUCACCAAGGCGACGAUGCGCGAAGUGUUGGAAGAGAAUUUUGGUGGAGAGUAUCAAACAUCCAAUGGUUACCCGCGUGCGCCUGUGCAAAAGAAAGCUCCCAUUAUGCGCCAAAACAGCGCAUACAUGUUGGUGUAUAUCCGCCAAUCUCGUAUAGAUGAUAUCCUGUGUCCGGUUACCAAGGAUCAUAUUCCGCUUCAUCUUAGGCAAAAAUUUGAGGAAGAGACUGUUCAGCGGGAGGCCCGCAAGAAAGAACAGCGAGAGGCGCAUCUAUACAUGUGGGCCAAGGUGAUCACUGAUUACUCGUUUCAACAAUAUGGCGGCACAGAUUUGUGUCAGUUUGAUGCAAAGCCUGAGGAUCCCGCUGCGCCAAAGUUCUAUCGCGUGCGUCGCGCGAUGACCAUGGAGGAGUUUGUUGCGCAAGUUGCAUCGGAUAUGGGCGAAGAUCCACGAAGGGUACGACUUUGGCUCAUGGUCAAUCGACAGAAUAAGACAGUUCGCCCUGACCAACCCAUUAUGGAUUUGCGGCCUACAGUCGACGAGACUUUCUCCCGUUCCGCUGCCCACAGAGAUGCUAGUUUACGUGUGUGGGCUGAGGUUGCCGAGGAAGUCAAUGCUGAUGGAGAGCCAAUCUGGCCAUCUUACCAGAGUCAGCCCAAUGGUGUUAUCGUCAAGAAUGACACCAUCUUACUUCUUCUUAAGCACUUCGAUAUCGACGCCCAGACGCUGCGGGGUGUCGGCCAUGUCUACAUUUCCAAGGACAAGAAAGUUGAAGAACUGCUGCCAAUGAUCCUGAAGAAAAUGGGAUGGGGCGAGAAGCUACCUGCUGAGGAGAAGCUUCUGCUUUGGGAAGAGAUUAAGCCUACUAUGAUUGAACCUCUCAAGCCCAAGCAGUCGCUGAAGGUUGCCGAAUUGCAAGACGGAGACAUUAUCUGCUUCCAGCGAACCAAGGCUGGCGUCGAAAAGCGCGCUGGUGAAAAGACCUCGCAAGAAACAAGUAACACAUCUGACCAUUUCGAGGAUGCGCGUGAAUACUACGAUUUCCUUGAGAAUAGGCGAACGGUUAAGUUCCACCCGCAUCCCGCUCGAUGUGAUCAGGCGCAGUAUCCCCCAUUUGAUCUCGUGCUUAACACUAAGAUAACUUAUGACACGCUUUCAGAGCGUGUUGGAGCGUAUUUGGACGUGAAACCGACACAUAUUCGGUUUUGGACAGUAAAUGCCUCCACGCAAAACCCCAAGACACCGGUUAGACGCGGAGCAAACCCAACACUGCGACAGAUUCUCAGCCCUAUGGGUUCAACUGCCCUCAACUCCACUCAGAGAGACGAUGCCUUUUACUUUGAAGUCCUUGAGAUGAGUUUAACAGAACUCGACACCAAGAAGAGCAUCAAGGUCAAUUUGCUGAGCGAAGGCAUCACCAAAGAGGAUACAUACGACCUACUCGUCCCCAAAACAGGAACUAUUGACGAUUUAGUCGAGGUUUUGAUAAGAAAGGCGCAAAUACCAAGCGAGAUGGACGGUGGAAGAAUCCGCAUCUACGAAACUAGCUCCAACCGCUUCUACCGUGAGCCUCUACGCGAACACCCCGUUAUUAACUUGAACGAGUUUGCGAAGAUCUAUGCGGAACGAGUUCCUCAAGAGGAGCUCAAUGCCGAUGAUACCCAUUUCAUUCAUGUCUUCCACUUCCACAACGACGUUAGCCGCGUUCAUGGCGUGCCGUUCAAGUUCCUGGUCAUCGAGGGCGAGAGCUUUGCAGACACCAAGAAGCGAUUGGAGAAGCGAACCGGAAUCAAAGGCAAGAGCUUUGAGAAGAUCAAGAUCGCUGUUGUGCGACGAGCCAAUUACUCAAAACCCCAAUAUCUCAAUGACGAUGAUGUGCUAUCAAGUUUCAUACAAGGGGAAGACGACUACCUCGGCCUUGACCAUGUAGAUAGAACGAGGACAUUGAGGAACGGCGUUGGGGACCUAUUCCUUAAGUGAAAGGUGCCGAAAGAGAAGGAGAUCAUGUUGUCUCGAGAGCAUCAUAUAAGCCUGCCUGCCGCUUGGGAACAGCAGCGCUCAAGCAUCGCACAUUCGCAGUCAAAAAGCAUUGGUGCUGCUGCUCAACUGACGAGCACAAAGCCGUGGAAAAGAGCACACGCAAGGGUGCAUUACAUGAGUGUCUAAGCUGAGAGGCGGGUUUUGCCCAGUCAUGAUGAUGAAUGGAUGGAAUGGCAUGCGAAAUGAAAGCAUGAAUCAAGAAGGAUAGGGGCGAUGAUUACAGCAUAAAUUUCAUUCUUACUAUUCAUUCCAAUCGUUCGUGCUCGAUCAUGAUAUUUCAUAUAUGCAUGUUCUUGUGAGACUGGAUGUACGAAAGACACCGGAAGACAUCGAUUCUAUGUAUUGCCAUAACGGAGGGCAAACAUGGUGUUAUAUCGUAACGAAAUCUUAGUAUUAGCUUGGAGUUUUUAAUGUCAUGUGCUAUUAUUAAAUCUACUAGUCUC